GUCCGGAUUCUGUAAGUUCUUAGAUUGAGUCAAUAGGUGUGUUAGUCAGGGGGAGUAGAGUCUAAGUGGUGAGGAGUGGAAUCAUUGUCUGGUUGUGCACCAAUCACCAUGGUUGACACCCGUAGUGGGAAGAGUAUUGCCCCCUCCGAGGCCGAGCAGGCCCGGAUUGCCGCCCUUUUGAGAGAGAAAAAGGAGAAGGAGCUCCUUAAGCAUGCGAAGUUAAAGGCCAUUGCAAAGGAGCAGGCUGCGAAGAAGAAGAGAUUAGAAGAAGAGAUGCUACAAUUCCAGAAGGAGAAGAUGCUGCAAAUACAGCGAGAGGAAGAGGAAAGAAGAAGGGUUGCAGAGGAAGAAGCCGCAGCAGAGGAGAAGGAAGAAGAAGAAGAAGAGCCCCUUGAAAGAAGGCGUGGAGAAGAGAGAGGAGAAGCAAGUGGCACGAAGGAGGAGGACAUAUGAAGGGAAAGGAAGAUUAGUGAAUGGGUGGGUAAUUUAUCAUUGGGAGAAGAUGAAGAGGCACAUUUAUAUAUGUGCCGCAGGAGGAGAGGGAGGUGUUUGCCAGGGCCUUGGAGUUGAUAGAGGAUCCCCUGGAACGCCAGGCGACAGAAGAUGAGAAGUUGGAGUGAAAAUUGAAGAUGAUGAGGGAAAAGAAGAGAAGGAGGGAAAAAGUCAGCAGAAUAGCCGGGGAGGUUGAGCGAGUUCGAACCGGCAGGCAGGAGCUACAGGCCCAAGCAGAGGUCUCUGCCAAACUAGAUAAGAUGAUGGGCUUCUUGGAAGUUUUGAGUGAGGCCUGGCUGGAGGAGCACCAGGCCCGUAAGGGCCAAGAGGUGACCCUGCAAGCAAUGCGAUCCGGGUUAAGAGAGUUUGCGAGCGACGUGGGUCACCACGUCGGGUCCGAAAUUAGAAGAUUGAAGGAUGGCGUAGACAAGUUUUGCGCGGGUGCUAUUGAGAGCGCUAAAGUGGUGGCCACAGUAGAGGCCACGACGCGUCCCCGCAAGGAUCCAGUAAAGCUUAAGUUUCCAG